GAUUGUCCUCUUAUUUCACUCCUAGCAGAUGCUAGCGCCGCAGAUCUAGCUAUGAAUUCUGACAUCCGCGCUGGACAUUCUGGAUCUGCCGUAUCGCCAAAAACCACCCAUAUAAACUCAGAAGACACUCAUCCGUUCAAGGACACGUCUCAUGACGAAGCGCGGCCGAACAACGACAAGACCAUCUUCAGCCACUUAAACAACCAGUGUGAAGGCCCUCCUAUGCAGGAAAAUGAUAGCGCUAAUCAGAGCCGGCACUGGUCUCAUAAAAAUGCGGCCCGAAAGACCGAAAUGAGGCGACCAUAUAUCUAGCAAAGCUGAAAAGGAACACUAACAAAUCAACCCGAUGGUGGGAAAUGAUACACGUGUUGUGGCGGUGGGGUAACAAAUACAUAACUCCAGCAAAAGCAACUUUAUAUAAGUCAACCUCAUAUCAGUCCUUCUCAUAUGUUCGUCGAUGUGCCUCUUUUGAGUUAUAGACCAUAUCUCGAAAAAACGCUUGCAGUCUACUCAAUCCUUCAGCAAAAAAAAAACUCGUUGGAAAAUGAGGGCAAGACACAGGACGCCGUCACGUUCGGCGACGCAACCCGUGCGGACACACUUGACUGCAAAAACGAAGUUCCUGCUGUAUUCUUUGAAAAGGCAUUUGACUUAUCGAAUCCACAGCUGUUUUACCAGAUUCUGUACGACGGGACACCUCAAACAGAACUCUCCGAUCGACUCGCCCGUUAUUUGUCAAUCGUGGAAUUGGAUUUAAUGAAUAAGCUUGACAAGCGCUCUGAUGCCUUCUUUCAAGCUCUGUGCAACGUUCAGUCACUUCACUCUCUGCUCCUAGAUAUGUUUGAAAAUGAAAAGCAACUAGAAGCUCGAAUAGAUAAUGUAGAGAACGAACUAGUAACAAGGGCUCUAAGUAUUUUUGGCAUGCAAACCAGAAAGAAAAAUUACAUCAAGUUGAUUCGUCUACUAUUGAUCAUUCGUAAGAUCAAAACAGAAAUCACUCAUAUCCAAGACUUGAUUUCCAAGAAAGACUUCUUGACUGCGAUUGAGGUCUUUAAAACCAGUCAAAGAGCAGCCGUAGAACUUAGGGAGGCCGCGUGCAUCCAAGAAUGCAUUCGGCAACUCAAUUCACUUUCCGAGCCCAUUGCAGAGCAUUUGAUCGAGGAAAUUGUUCAAUGUCUAUGUGAAAGCACAGACAACCAGCUGUUUAAAGAUACGGCGCGAUGGACGACCAUUUUGACAGAAAUUUUAAAAUUUAAAAGACUAGACGACUCGCUCAGUUUGUACAGCAAGAAACUGCAUCAGCAGCUUUACAAUGCCUUCACAGAUACCUGGGUGGAUAUUCCGGAAAAAAGGUGCAUAAUUCGCAAUUUGGAAUCCUUUGGCAAAGAAAGUGACUUUUUCGAGAUACUUUUCGACUCUGUAUCGAAGAUCGAAUUCUCGGUGUUUGUUGCCAAGCUCAAUAAAUUUCUUUUUGAAGAGAUAAAGCCGAUGUUGGUGUUGGUCAACGAUAAGAAACAGGCGUUGAUUGAGUUGUACCGAUCGAUACCUUCCGACGACACAAAUCAAAAAAAUGACACGGUGCCCCAGCAAUCAGAGUCGAGUGAUGCUGUGUCUGACAAUACAACGAAUGAGGACGUCUGUUCAGCGGAUGGCGUAGCUGACCAAUUCGACCCACUCUUAGAUUCUGAAGGUCUAACUCAGUUUUUUUUCGAGAACACCUCCGACAGCUCUGGUAUCUCCCUUCACGACACAUACACAUCAAAGCCAGACGGUCAUUUUGAAGAUGCGUCGUUGACUGCUCGAGAAAGAGCGGACGUUGAAAAUCGAAUUUCGUACUACUUCAACGAAAUUACCUCGUCCUUUAUUGAACACACGCAAAACUGGCUGCAAGAAAUUUUAGAUAUUCGAGCACGAGAUGCACAUACGCUGUCGACUCGACAGUUCGCUGAAUAUUACCAAGCGGUCAGGUUGUUUGUCGAAGAGUGUCGGCGCAUAGAUUCGAACACGUCAUACGCCGUGCUCACGUCGACUCUGGCAUUCCAACACCAGGUUUUCUUAGAAGAUGUCCACAAAAAGAUGAAAAGUAAAUUGAUUUUUUGCUUAGACAGCGAAAUUUGGAAGAAGGCAGACGUCGCGCCGGAGUUCUGCCGCGCUCUCGAGGCUAUUUACAACCAGGAUCAAACCUUGCUUGAACUUGCUUACGAUACGACCAACGAUGAAAACGCAGCAUGCGUCAUUUUGGGAAACGAGGUGUUUUCCGUCACUAAUACAGAACUUAUUUUCUCUAAGACGCUCUUCGACUACUUGGCCAUGUUUGAGUAUUUCCCGAUGUCGGUUUUGAUAAUCGCGACACUGAUAUGCGAAAUACUCGCUGUCUUCAACUCCAGAGUGAGAGAGCUUCUGGUAGAAGAAAAAGCUGUAAAAAAGUCCAUCUUGCCAUCCAUCGACAUAACGCAUCUAGCACUCGCGUCUCGGUGUUUGAGCAUUCAAAUUGUGCUCAUACCCAAAAUCAGGCAGCGGGUGAAGAGGUAUUUGUUGCAAUUGACACAGAGCAACCAGGAUGAAGUGUGUUUUGAGGGCGGUGGUCCAUUGCACGAUCUAGAUACGAUCUUAGACAAAUAUUUGUUUCACCGACAAGAACUUUAUCAUCUGAUCAUAGAAAAUAUGUGCAAGAAUGCCGACACCCGCAUCAAUGCCAGCACAUCAGAAAAAGAUUUCAGCAAAAAUUUGUCACUGUUGACAGAAGAGACAAAAAGGGCCUACAAGGAUCUGGAGGAUUUACUGCCGAAGGAUGCCUUGGAAAUGAUUUUCAGACAGGUCAUGAUGGUCUACAACGAACAGAUAAAGCAGUACAUGAACAAGACAAAGUCCAAGACGGUCGUCAAAGAGAAAAAACUACUAAAUACCGCUUACUACUUUGUCCAGGAAUUACAGUGUUUGAACAUACCUAUUUGGGGAGACGAAUUAACAGAACACAUUUUGUCUAUGUACAGUCGAAUCGAACAACAAGAAAGGAAUGGAAAUCUCAGAUAGCGAGCGUUGCAUUUUCGAAUUGCAAAGACUGUCAAGAACGAUUAAGUAUAAAAAGUCACGUUAACAACUUGUCAAAAGUUCACACACUCAUUAUCCGUUUGCGCUUGAAUCAAGUGUAUCUGUCUCUCUGCGGAGUGGAGGGGAGCUCAUUCCAGUUCUAGACUGGAUUAUAAAGUUUAGAAGGAAUGUUUAGAGAAAGCGCAGAAAAACCUUCUCCAGACCUCGGCCAACCUUUAUGUAUCGGCUCUUCAGAGUCGACGCUGUUUACUGAGGUAACACGAUUGUUUCAAAUUCGGUAUCUUCGAUAACUCGGAAGCCCUAUUCGAGAAGAUGUCUUUCAAGCCACCACCAAAAUUUCUCACUUUGGCUGAAGAGCACCAACUGGCCUUUCUGUUGUAUACAUGAAAGCAGAGUCAAUCUGUAUGCGUCCCGCGAUAGAAGAUAUCCGGAACCAACAUCCUGCGACGUCAGAACAAAAAUCCGCAGACGCGCGACAAGAGAGGACGGCGACUUUUUGAGAUUGUGACUUACACGGCGUAAAAUGAUACCGUUCAAUGAAAAAGCGUGGAAAAAACACCGACAUAAAGAGACGGUCGAAUGUGUGUGAGGACGUGUGCAAAAUUUCUAUCCGGCUAUCCGCGCGAUUCCGUACGGAAGGAGUUUAUGGGACUGCAACCACAUGAAGUUGCAGUGUGUCAAAUUCGUGAGGUUAUUGCGAUCGCGCUCACGCUUCUGCCGCAUCCGUUUCACUAGACAGCGUUUUUUUGCGUACCAAAACCAUUUAAGCCGAUGUGUUCACCCCAACGCGCCCUUGCCCGGUGGCGGUGACAGCAGACAGUCUCUUCAAAUGCUAAUUGUAGAUGCUCAACGCUGGCCAAAGAAUUCGUGCUCUAAUUCGCGAAUUUUGCAGAAAUUUGCUAGCACGAAGUUCGCAGGCCCAUCGCAAGACACCGCACGAUCGGAGCCUAGGAAGGGGUCGAGACACAUACAAUGGCCUCACGUCCGGAUAUGUACGCAGCGUAUGAAAUGCAAUUCGAAAAGUGUACAGAGGUUAUUCACUGCAAAGUUUUGCUAUGGUGGUUUCCCAAUAACGCGAAAUGCUCUAUCAAGUUUAUUAUGAAUAAGUGAUUUGUCACUGAAAUUCUUUGACGGCCAGAGAGAGCUUACCGCGAAUCCCCCCUCUCGUACGCAUGUAGCGUCCGGAUGAAAAAUCUGGCUGUCAGAAGUUAAACGAUCAGGGCACUACUGUAGUUGGCCAAAUCACUCUACCUAGGCAAAGCCUGCAAAAGAACUGCUUAUUUUUAAGCAGAACCCUCUAUAAGAAACGAAGAGUGUGCACAGACAAGCGAUUUAUCUACGGAGAGAAGACCAAAAGUUGCACCUGCGAAUCUGACAUUAUUGAAGUGAUGGUCCCAAAUGCAGUCGUUGACAGGACGUUGUCGACAGAAGUAAAAAACUCUUCUCUCCAUCACGUCCAUCUUAAUCGUCAGUAAACGAUUCUCCCGUAGCUCCAUCAAUGACACUCGUGUGUAUCCCUCGAAGUUGCUCUCUUCUCACUCAUUGAGAUAAAAUCGGGCGCAAGAAGUUGCGAUUACCCCCCCUUCCGUAACAUUUCAAUUUCUCAGAAUAAAAACGACCAAGCGCAAAAAAACUCA